AUGGUACUGGCUCGUUGUAUGCCGCCACCGCACGCCGAACCAAGAAAGGGUCAACGACAGGUUCGCCAUAAUUUUGGUUUCAUUAUGUUGAACCCAGAAGAUUUGAAAAAUAAUGAUGGUUCCAAUUGUGAUAUAUCUAAGUUACGUCCUGUAACUCAAAGACGCAGCCGAUGUACUUGUCUCUACUGCAAGGAUGGCAUGAAACUUGUAAUAGAUGGUAAAAAACGACAUGGAUGCCAUAUAACGGAAUGUGGCAAAUUUUAUGUUAAAAGAUCUCAUUUAGUAGCACAUCUACGAACACAUUCAGGAGAAAAGCCAUUUACAUGUGAUUUCUAUUUAUGUGGAAAAAGUUUUACUCGCUCAGAUGAGCUUACAAGGCACAAACGGAUACAUUCUGGUGACAAAGUCUACAAAUGUGGAGUGUGCGUUAAAUCAUUUUUACGUUCUGACCAUCUAGCAAAACAUAGGAGGACACAUGUACAUAAAAGGACAGCGGAGGAACCACCGCCGAUGUACUUUAAAUCGGAGAGUGACAGCGACAAUUGUGAGGAAAACGAUGUCCUUAUUAUAGAAGAUGAGUAUCAGGCCUUGGAUAGUGAAGGAAAGAAAAAAUUCAUAGAAAUCGUUCCACAACAGGACUAAGCAAAAGACACGUCAUCGUCA